UGCCAUCCACACUCCUUCACACGGAGAAAAAUCACGCUUCUCAGGUGUUCUUGUCUGUCCAUCAACAUGAGGUCUCUUGUGGUGAUCUUUGCUCUGGCAGUUUUUACUGGCUGCCAGGCUCGUAGCCUGUUCCAGGCUGAUGCCCCUCAGCCCAGAUGGGAAGAGAUGGUUGACCGUUUCUGGCAGUAUGUGUCUGAACUCAACACACAUACUGAUGGUGUGAUGCAAAACAUCAAGGGCUCCCAGCUCAGCAGAGAGCUUGACACCCUAAUUACUGACACCAUGGCUGAACUGAGCUCAUACAGUGAAAAUCUCCAAACCCAGAUGACCCCAUAUGCCUCUGAUGCUGCUGGUCAGCUCAGCAAAGAUCUUCAGCUCCUGGCUGGAAAACUCCAAACUGACAUGACCGACGCUAAGGAACGCAGCACUCAGUACCUGCAAGAGCUGAAGACCAUGAUGGAGCAGAACGCAGAUGACGUGAAGAACCGUGUCGGCACCUACACACGGAAACUGAAGAAACGCCUGAACAAGGACACCGAGGAGAUCCGCAACACCGUAGCAACCUACUUGAGUGAGAUGCAGUCUCGUGCUUCCCAAAACGCUGAUGCAGUUAAGGAUCGUUUCCAGCCAUACAUGACCCAGGCCCAGGAUGGCGCCACCCAGAAACUGGGUGCCAUUAGCGAGCUGAUGAAGGCCCAGGCGCAGGAGGUGAGCGAGCAGUUGGAGGUCCAGGCUGGAGCUCUAAAGGAGAAGCUGGAGGAGACGGCAGAGAACCUGCGCACCUCUUUGGAGGGCCGUGUGGAUGAGCUGACCAGCCUCCUCGCCCCCUACUCCCAGAAGAUCCGCGAGCAGCUGCAGGACGUCAUGGACAAGAUCAAGGAGGCCACAGCAGCUCUUCCCACUCAGGCUUAAGAGCUCCACACUUACCUAGUGUUAACACCAAACAGAAACAAGAAGGGAGGCUUUGUGUUACUGAAAUGUGCUUUUUUUAUUCUGUGAGAGGUUGAUAAAGUGGUUAACAACUGGACUCGAUUGGACUAGUACUGUCCUUUACUGGACAUAAGAAAUGCCACAUACUCACCACGUUUACUUUCUCAGUAUUAACCGAUGUCUGAGGAUAUAUUUCUGUUAGCGUACAGUAGAGCGAACGUAAGUUCAAUCAACUUGCCUGUCUUGGAGACUUUUUUUUCUAGUUAGUGGGGCCAAAUGUGGCGCCGUUCAAAGUAAAUAGUAAUAAAAAGGUGCCUUCAGCUGCUGAAAUGAAUCAGAACAUAUGAAAGAUGAGCUUUGUUAGUCAAAAGUCCACAAAUUAACGCUUGUUUACUUUACAUGUUUGUGCACUGAUGUGUUUGAAUUUGUUUGAAAUAAAUGUGCGUCCUACUACACAA